AUGACUCUCCAGACCUAUCUUAUUGCUAUUAUCACUUAUUUCGGAUUUCCGUCCUUCCAUGGAACUCAACAACCCUCGCUGCAAUACCCAUUGCAGCUCGAUGAUGUAGAUCUUACGCCGCCUGCUCCCAAAGACCUCUCUUUCGUACCCCCUGGUGCCGCGGAAGAGACUUUUGGCGAGCCUUUUAGGUGUCACUAUCCUUCCAUGGCAGCUGAGUAUACAUACAAUCCUACGCCGGAGAACCGAAGCGUCUGGCUCAAGCAUCGGACCAAUUCUUCGCUGGACUUUGACAUAAACACGGACUAUGAAGCGAGAUGGCCUGUUGGGAUUGAACGCAAGUAUAUUCUCACAGUGGGCGAACGAUCUUUGAAUCUGGAUGGUAUUGAAUUUCCCUAUGCCAAGGUCUUCAAUAAUAGCUACCCUGGUCCUUGGAUCCAGGCAUGCUGGGGAGACUGGAUAAACAUCACCGUCAAGAACAAUCUCAGGAGAAACGGGACCGCAAUCCAUAUGCAUGGCCUCCGGAUGCUAAGCAAUGGUCUCAUGGAUGGGGUGCCUGGGGUAACUCAAUGUCCCAUAGCACCUGGAGACACCUUCAACUAUGUGUUCAAUACAACCCAGUAUGGCACAACAUGGUACCAUAGUCACUACAGUCUUCAGUACUCCGACGGUGUGUUGGGGCCAUUGACCAUUCACGGACCGACAUCGGCAAACUUCGACAAAGCCAUUGAUCCCAUCAUCUUCACGGACCACAACCACCAAAGUGCCUUCCAGUUGUACUACCAAGAGCAGUUUGCGAACAAUUCGACUCGAGUCCCACCGAAGCAGACUAGUAUCCUGCUUAAUGGACAUGGUAUCUAUGCUGGCUCUUUUCCGGAGAGAAGAUACCACAAGAAGGUUCAACCUGGCAAAAAAUACAUUCUCAGACUUAUCAAUGGGUCAACCGAUACGACCUUCAUCUUCAGCAUUGAUGGUCACAACCUCACAGUGGUCGGUAUGGAUCUAGUGCCGGUCGAACCCUACACGACAGACCAUAUAUAUGUUGGAAUAGGCCAGAGAUACCAUAUCCUCCUCGAGACCAAAACCGACUUCAGUGACUCCAUGAACAUGGCAUACUGGAUCCGAACUGAUCCCGCCACCGGGUGCCACAACUUCGAAACCAUCCCAGAUGCCAGACAGGGUAUCCUCUGGUAUGGAGGCGGCUCACAUCCACCGAUCCCGACAACGACCGCACACGCAUACAACAACACCUGCAGUGACAUGCUGGAUUUGUCGCCUAUCGAGACAAUGAGCGUUACCAUUGGCCAAUGGAACCUCUCAGCGGUGGGAGAUGACCCCGAGGUGACUGUCAACUACUGGAAGUUCCUGAACGAUACUCUUUGGGUGAACUACGCGGAGCCAACAGUCAACCACCUCGAUCCUCCAUAUAACAGUAGUGAGGUCAUCUACUUGGCCGCUGAGACUCAGCCCGCGCAGACCACAUGGAACUACAUGCUCAUAAUCGGGGGUAACAUCGUCGCUACGCCCCCAGUAACUGGAGGCAAUUUGGCACCCAACGCACAUCCAAUCCACCUCCACGGCCACGACUUCGCCGUCCUACAAUACUCCACCGACAAGUACAACAGCAGCGAAGAUCUAGACCUGAAUCUGGAAAACCCACGCCGUCGCGAUGCCGUCCUUCUCCCACAAAAUGGCUUUAUUGUGAUUGCAUUCAAGACCGACAAUCCAGGCUCCUGGACUCUACAUUGCCAUAUUGCAUGGCAUGCUUCUGCGGGUUUGGCUUUCCAGGUCCUGGAAGAGCAGUCGGCUUUCAAGGCGGGUAUUGAAGACUCUACUGUUGCGAGAAUACAAUUGGAUCGGACGUGUCAGAAUUGGGAUGUUUGGUUUGCGAAUGCUUCGAAUCAUUGGAAUCCGAAUGGGAGGUUUCAGGAUGAUUCGGGGAUUUGA